AUGUGGGAGCAGCUUGCCUUUCUCGUCAACCUUAUGAUCACAGACCGACCUGCGGGUCAGCCAAACGUCAAGGAGUUUCAAUGGCGUUUCAUGGCUGAGAAGCUUGGAACGCUAACACUCAUCCACUGUGGCAACAAGCUCUCAUCCUACAUGCACAUGUUUAAAAUGCAUGUAGGAUACUUUCUCGAGCGAUAUGGAAACUUGGAAAGAUACUCUUUGUUUUGUGGAGAGUUUAAACACAAGAAUAACAGAGCGACCAAGAAGGCCAGGUCAAAUUCAUACAGAUACGCAACCUCAAAGGUAGACAAUCAAUCAUCAGAAAUUGAUGGACAUCUGACCGGAGACAUCAAUCAUCAGCUCAUGUGCGCUGAGGCGCAACAUCAGUUCUUCAACAAUCAGCCAUCCCUGACAUACAUGCUGAGUACUGGCAUUUCUCAUCUCAGGCAGGAGCUGAAGAGAAAGAGAGAAGAGAUACCUCAGCUUUCACCGCCAGAUAUGGAGUCUCUCUUUGGAGUGAGUUCGUUGAACGACAUUCCAGAACCCCCAGCAUCCACUCAGCUCUAUCCUCUAAACACUGAUGUAACAGUCCUGAUUACGAUGAGCACAAUGAAGUGA